AUGAAGACGCCAUUAAAUUUAGAUAAAUUAAAAAGUUUAAUUUCAGAUGUAGAAAGUAUUAUUAAAAGUAAGAAUUAUAAGUAUAAUGAUGAGUCAUUUAAUGUAAAAGAAAUGGAGGCUUUGGUUAGUAAGUUAGAAGAAGAUAGUUAUUGUGAUGAUAUUGAUUCAUAUGCACAAACUGGAUUGAAUACUGAUAAUCUUAGUGAAGAAAGUGAUGGGUCAAUUUCAAAUAAUAAUACAAUUACACCAAAUGAAAGUACAAGAGAUAUCACUGAAGACUCUUGUCAGAAUAAUGAUUUAAUAGAAUUGUGUGACAGUAUGAAUUUAAAAAAUAACUUAAAAGAAUUAUAUGAUUUGAUUAUUGAUUAUAACAAAAAAGUUUUUAAUUUAAUAGAGGAAUAUAAUUCUUGUAAUAAUGAUAAUAUUGAUUUGAAUGAGUUGUUGGGUGAAUUACAUAAUGAAUUAGAUACUCGUAAUCAAACUAUCACUAAAUAUAAAGAUGAUUUUGUUUUACUUAAAGAACAUAUAAUUGAACUGGAAUCUAAAAUUAAGAAUCAGGUAAGUAAUGAUCAAUUAAGUCAAGAAAAUGAAUCUUUAAGAUCAACAAUAAUUGAGCUUAAGAGUAUCACUGAAAAAUUGGGAAAGUUUGUUGAGAAAUUGAGUAGUGAUAAAAUUAAAUUAGAAAGAUCAAAUAUGGAAAGUGAAACUAAGAUCGAAGAAUGCCUUAAUGUAAUUGAAGAACAAAAAAAAAUGAUAAAUGAAAAUACUAAUAAAAUUAUACAAAUCAAAGAUGCUGAAAUUAAAAAGUUAAAUGAUAUAAUUGAUAAGAAAAAGAGAGAUUAUCAAGAGCUGGAAGAAGAAUGUAAAGGAUUAUCAAAAAAGUAUGAUCAAAGUUUUAUUGAAAAUAGCAGAUUAACGAAUUUAACAAAAAGUAUGAAAGAUAAUGAACUUAAAUUAAAAUCAAAACUAGAAGAUGAAAAUACACAACUUACUUUACAAGUUAAUGAACUAAGGAUGCUUCUUAAAAGAAAAGAUGAAGAACUUGGUGAUAAAGAUGAAAGAAUUGAUAAAUUAAAUCGUAAUAAUAAAGAAAGUAUAAACAAUAUUAAUCAUUUGAAGGAAAAAAUGUCAAAUUUAACAGAAAAACAUGAUGAAGAUAUUAAAAAGUUAGUUAAAGAAUAUGAAAUUAAAAUUAAUGAAGAAAGAGAUAAAAUUAAUGAAGAAAAAGAUAAAAUUAAUGAAGAAAAGAAAAUAUUUAUGUUAGAGAAAAAAUUAACAGAAGAAAAUAUAAAAGAAACUGAUUCAAAUAUUCCAAUUAUAGAUAAUUCAGAUGAUAAUAAAAAUUUGAAUGAAUUAAAAUCAGAAUUAAAAAGUGAAUUAGCAGAAUUUAGAAAGAAGAAUCUACUUUUACAAAAUGAGUGUGAUUACUUUAAAAAAAUACUUAAAGAACAGGAAGAUAAAGUGGGUGAUAUUUAUGGCCAUUGUAGCAAAGAAUUCACUAACUGUAAAACACUUGUUAAAGAAAUAAUAGAAAGGGUAAGUGAAGGAAAUCUUAAAUGUGAUAUGAAAUUCUUAAGAAUGAUUAAAAACACAAUUAAAAAGAUGGAAUCAUAUGAAGAUCCAAUUAUCUGUAAAAUGACAGUCCAAUUUGUACUUUGUAUGAGAUAUGUAGAAGAUAUAGUUGAUAUUAAAAAGAAAAUUAAAGAGGUGUAUUCACAAAUAAAUCUUUAA